AUGCCUUUCUUCUUUUUCCCAGCUAUUGUGCUGCUGUUCUUGCUGCAUGCAGCUUUUGGUGAGUAUAAACGUUAUUCCUGGAACGGACCUGUCCAAGAAACUCCAAAGCCCAAUGAAGCGGGUCUUACAGACCAGACGUCAUGUGGCUGCUGUCUGAUGCAGGAACACAUGCAGACGAUGGAGUGGUUCUUUAAUAUAACCCACGAAGAUAUGAACAAGGAGCUGAUGAAAGCAAAAAUGGCCCUCAACAAUAUGAGAGCCAGCCGCAGCGCCUUCUCCGUCGCUCUCAACAGUGACAGUACUAUGAAGUGCGAUGUCCCCUUCACUAACAAGAACAUCGUCUACAAACACGUCUUCCUCAACCUGGGAGGCGGCUACGAUGUGCAGACUGGUAUCUUCACUGUUCCUCGCUCUGGUGUCUACGGCCUUGCUGUCACCCUCCACGGUAACGCUGUUUUCCUUGGUGGCAGAUUGUCCACCUGCGCGAAUCUGCAGGUGAACACGCAGGUGGUGGCUACACUCCUCGAACAAAACAGUUUGGACCUUGAAGACAGUGCCACUGUUUUUGUGGCUGUGAAACUGAAGGCCGGGGACCAGGUUGCUGUCAACCUGCUCAAAGGAUGUUUCAUCUGUGGUGACAACAACCACUAUAACACUUUCACUGGCUUCCUGCUGUAUUCUACUGACUAAGUUAGCAAAGUGUAGCUGCUCUGGGUUUUGUGGCAACUCUCACCUCAUACUGACAGGUUUGAGUCUGCUAGAUGAACUCUUUCUGUGUUGAGACUCAUGCCUCUUAGCCCCUGAUCUCUAUCUGCUCUUCUGUACUCUCAUCAAUCCCAACACAACGCUCUCAUCCUUGUUUUGUUUGUUUUAUUCCAUCAUGGCUCAUUAUGCUCUCUAAGAUCAGAUCCUCUCAAUUAUUAAUAUAAACUACUGAGGGAAGCCAGGUUUUUUGAUCUCAUCUGAUUAAACUCAUGCUUUGAGUACGCUUGUAAACACUAAAAGCAUUUUUUUCCUCACACCUGAUUGAUGUCACACUGUUUA